AUGCCGACAGCGCCCUCAGGUUUCCACAGCUCUGCAAAUAUUCGUCGCUUGUUGAUUCUGAGCCGAUCAAUGCAGCUUGGCUUGAAUGACAGCCAAGAAGCACGCUACCUCCAGGACUCGCGCUUAGAUUCAUGUGAGCAGGUCCUACCGAACAGCAGCAGGCUAUUGAAUGCAGACAAUUUUGCAGCUGGCGACUUUGUCGUGCUUGGCAACACUGUCAAAGCUGAGUUCAAGGGUGCUGCAGCAAUCAUCCUGGAUGUCACGCCACUUGAUUGUACAGUGGCUGUCUUGGACCCAUCGCGAACUUACAAGAUUGGGGAAUGCCAAGCAAAUUUCCGCGCCAUGCGUACGAUUCACAGAGACUGGCGUCUUGGAACUCGCCAUGUGAUCGGCGGUCUGCAAAGCAGCAAGAUGCAACACCUCAACGGCUUAGUUGCAACGGUUCGAGAACAUCGGCGAUAUGGCCAUCCAUGCUUUCUUCUGAAAGAGGGAGGGAAACAGGGAGACAACAGGUUGCGCCUUUGUGUGAGAUGGGAACUUGCGAAUGACGUACGGACGAGCACAGGCGCCUUGCUUCUGGAGCCGCGUUUCCUGUCGCUGUAUGUCAGGGAACUACAAGGCCCACCCGAAGGCACUCCACAAACGCAUGGCACCGAAUCCCGUGUUGAAUGUCGUGAAGAAGCCGCUCCGACUCCGAACACACUCCUCACAUCCAAGCGAUGUCCGUGCCUGGAAGCUGUUGAGGGCAAGCACCGGUCUGUCGAGUUGUCCUCCACAUUGCAAGCAAUUGAUGAGAUGGAGCCGUCCAGCCAUUUGACCAAGGUGGAGAAUCCAGAAGGCCCUUUGGCAGUGCCAAUUCCAACUUGCACGGGUGGAUUCCUGGGCAUCUUGUCCUGGCUUGUCGGAGCGCACACUCGGCACGUGGAGGAGGAGUUUCCAACUGUGAUUCGUUUGUCGUCAGUUUUAGCAGCAGCUGAUCCACUACCCCGCGAGCAGCUGUCAUGGCUACUGCCCAUAGCCGAGAUGAGCACUGGUACUUAUGAAGAUUCUGAAUUGAUCUCUGAAGGCACCAACGAGCGACUUCAAGGCAGCGACCUGCAGCCAGGCGAUCUCGUCAUCUUGGACUGUGCUCCAUCCAAGUUCCACAGGUGCCCGGCAGUGGUCACAGGUGUUGAUGCAUCAAGCUGCUCACUUGCCGUUCUGGACGACUCCCGAAGCAUCUUUGUCGGUGAGUGCCGUGCAAACCUUUGGGAAGUCAUGCCCGUGCACUCAGAGUGGCGACUGGGCACACCAGUUGUGCUUGGUGGCUUGCAGAGCAGCCACAUGACACACCUCAAUGGAUUGUCCGCUGUAAUUUGCCCUCACAAACGCCACGGCCAUCCAUGUUUUGUUCAGAAGCCUAGUUCACCCAAUACUGGCGAUUGGCUCACGCUUUGCAUCCGGUUUGAUAACCCAGAGAAAUCUUCGAUGCAUGCUGUGCUGCUGGAGCCUCGCUUCUUAUCACCAUGGGAUAGCCGAUCUCUGCAGUCUCCAUCGGAAUGCUUUACGCCGUCACGGUCGAGCACACCCAGCGGCUCAGUACAAAGUUCCGCGUAUGCUCGGCAAAAUUCUCUGGCAUCUCAGGGCUCAUAUGGCUCUUUUGGGUCGUAUGGGUCCAAACAAUUUUCCAGCUCUCAAGGCAGCCACGGGAAGCGCCCGCUGCAAAAGUCGGUGAGCCUUCAAAGUCACAAGGUUCAGCAGCAGCCGACGGCCCUGAUUCGAAGUCUGUCCUCCUCCACUGCGACUGGAAAGACAUGGAGUGCCAAGACUGUGAAGAGACAAAUCUCAUCACCGUCCACGACAUCAGGUGAGUCUUGCCGAGAGAGGAUGCCCGAGGUUGAGCUCAUGAAGGAACUCCGGGAGCUGAAGGAGUCCUUGAAAACCUUGGCCAAGGAAUGCAAGGAAGGCAAUUCUUAA